AUGGAUCCCCAGACAGACCAACUGCCAAUAUCCUUUGAACUUUGUACAUCAUCCACCAAGCCAAAGCUGACUCGCACGAGUACAAGCAAAGUCAGAACAGGCUGUGUCACCUGCAAGAAGCGUCAUGUCAAAUGUGACGAAGCAAAGCCUCACUGUCGAAAUUGUGUGAGAAAUAACCGACAAUGUGAAGGUUACGCCAUCCCGGACAGAAAGCGGAAUAGGGGACCAGGCCAGUUCCAAUGGGAUUCGAAACGAGUCACCUGGACAGCUCCCUUGAAGACACAGCUUCACCUUGUUCAGGAUUCUCUCGACUUUCGAGACGCUCAGAGUGUUCUUUAUUUUGACGAGUUUAUACAAGUUGUGCAGAGCCCGUGGAUCUCCGCUGGGUUCAACAGCGAUUUAUGGUCCGUGACGUUACCUCAAGUUUCACGCACCAACGACAUUGUACGGCAUGCCGCGAUAGCAAUCGGCGCAUUGAGCAAAUGGCUCGCCAAGUUGGAACAUGAUUCACUUGGUUCGUUGUUAUCGGCGGAUAAUGAAGCCGCGCAGGAGGAUCCGGACUAUUUGAACGCGGUGUCGCACUACUGCCACGCGCUCAAACUACAGAGUCAACAGGUUUCGAUACAUGAUGCCGUAUUCCUUUCAGUUCUCUUUCUGUGUUUUGAGACACUGCGAGGAAACAGGAAAGCUGCGCUGGAUCACAUCAACCAUGGGUUGGCAAUGUUGCUUGCGCUCUUGACUGAUGCAGAUUCUACUCUGAUGACAUCCAUCGCCCCAAACCCAAAGCCGCUCAUCGCUGUGGUAGCAGACAUCUUCUCCCAACUGCUUCCCCAAACAAGACUUAUCUUACGCGGGAAUAUCGGCCGUAGCCCCGCUGUACCAAACUUCACCAGAGGUCUACGCGCCAAGAAGCAUACGGUCGAGUCUUUCAUGUCCAUGGUAAACCAGAUACCUCGCGACUACCCGCCGACUGAAGAAUUACCGUCUGUUCUCGACAAUCUGGACGACUUCGAGAAGUAUUGGCUUACUGGCCGGAAUGCCAAACUUGCUGUGGUUCCACUGCUCAUGGAGGCUGUCCAAAAUACUGGUGUUUUGGUCUCAUCGGAUCCUGAUAUUAUUUCCAGAGUUUGGAGGGAAAUCACGGCUGAUCCACGUAUCAAAGAAAUCUGUGAAGCCUCCACGAAGGAAUUAAGGGCACUCGAAGCUGCAUUCAUGCCUCUUUUCAACCGCGCAAUUAUGUCAGACACGAAAUCAACUGACUACAUCAGAGCUGUCCAUCUUCGCUUGCAUUAUCUCGGUACUUGCACCUUCGAUGAUCUCACGCAUUUCUACGACGUUGAACCAAUCCAAGCCAAGACUCCCCUAUUUCGCGAGUACCUCUCCCUAGCCGAGAUCAGCAUCCGCAUUGCGAAGCGAGAUUUGAAGAACCCGGCGCAGCAGCUUUCUUUACAAUGCAACAUGGCAUCGCAUCUCUUUCUCAUCGCAUUAUUCUGUCGAGACGCGCUCCUUCGCGAUGAAGCUACAUGGUUGCUAAAAGACUACCCUGGCCAAGACGGGAUUUGGAACGCCCGCUCGCUGUACCUACUAUCUCACAGGAAUAAGGUCGUGGAGAGGAUAAAUGCAUCCGAAGGUACAGCCAUAGAGCAAUGGCACAGGUUACUACGCAGGGAAUAUCUGUUCGAAGAAGGAGGUGACCGAGUUAUUUUCUGCUAUCUGGAUAAGGAUGAGACUACAGGGGAGUGGCAGCUUGUGGAGGAGACGGCCGAAGUGAAGGGGGAGCUUGAUGCUAUUGAAUGGAAGAGAAGACCGCCUUCAGCAGCUGGCAGACCUUUAUUGGGAGAUAUAAUCACCCUCUGGCCUGAGUUGGUGGAAUGA